CGCGCCACCACACGCCGCUGCUGUCCGAGGGAAGGAAGAGAACAUCUAGAUGUGAAUACUAUCCGUUGGCUCCUAAUACGACAUUUGAACGAGUCCAUCAACAUGAGUUUGAUCGCCAAAAUCGUCACCAUGAUGUGGUUCAAGGUCGAGGACGCCCUCGUCGCUCGAAUCCUUCAAAUGCCCCAGUUCCACCAUGGCGUCCGCAAAAUCCACCGCACCGUCGAAGAGUUCCGUCACGGUCGUGAUCCCAACGAACCACUGCGCGAAGGCGAGGCUACCGAGGAUCCCAAUCUACAGAAGCCACAAGUGCAGAGCUUCGUCAAAUUCUUUGUCGAAGAAAUGCGCAACCAGGCGCGGGGAACGCCAACCGACAUCGAUAACCAGCCUUUACCUCCCAAGAAGCGGCCGUGA